AUGGAGGGCGCUCUUUUUAACGCCUUGCCGCCUGGUUCCGAAGAGGCGGCGGCACUGGAGGCUUCACAGGUGGAGGCGCUAGCUCGCCUCAGCGCGUUGCGCGGGGAGCUCGAGGAGCUCUUGACACGAUCCGCUGUACUCCGCAAGGAUUACGAAGACCUCGUCCCUCGUUGUCGCCGCACCGUGCGGGCGAUCGGGGAUGAACUGGGCCUGUUGGAAAAACGCGUCGCGGAGUGUCACGGACGGGCCCUCGACCUUCAGACAAGUUCCCGAGGGGAUACUUAG